AUGGUGGAUGGUCUUUUGGUUUCAUCUUGUCCAGCAAUAAAAGAUCUUGGUGUGAUUAUUGAUUCUGGUCUUUCAUUCGAAGCUCAUGUAGAUAAUAUCACUCGGGUAGCUUUCUUCCAUCUUAGGAAUAUUGCUAAGAUAAGAAAUAUGUUGUCGCUUCAUGAUGCAGAAAAAUUAGUUCAUGCUUUUGUUAUCUCUAGGUUGGAUUAUUGUAAUGUCUUACCGUCUGGAUGUUCCAGUAGGAGCAUACACAAGCUCCAGUUAGUCCAGAAUGCAGCAGCUAGUGUCCUAACUAGAACCAGAAGAUAUGAGCACAUCACUCUUAUUUUAGCCACACUACAUUGGCUCCCAGUCAAAUUUCGCAUUGAUUAUAAAAUACUGUUACUAACCUAUAGAGCACUAAAUGGUCUUGCGCCGCAGUACUUGAGCGAUCUUUUAGUCUUUUAUGAUCCGCCACACCUACUCCGAUCAAAGGGUGCUGGUUACUUGGUAGUACCUCAAGUAGCAAAGGCUACAGCAGAGGGCAGAGCUUUCUCUUUCAAAGCCCCAAAGUUAUGGAACAGCCUUCCAAUUAGUGUUCGGGAUUCAGACACAGUCUCAAUGUUUAAGUCUAGGCUGAAGACACAUUUGUUUAGUCAAGCUUUUAAUGUAUAGUUUUCUUAGGUAAAGGAGCAGAUCAGGAAGGUUCAUGGGCAUAGAGUGUUUGGUGUACUGGGAUGUGUUGGAUGCUGUCGCCUUACCACCCUCACAAGUUGCUCAGGUUUGCUGACUGUGAAGUGGUUGGAUGCUUUAUGUCCCGGGAAGCCUUCAUGUCUGUGACCUUCUGGCUCUCCCUUUUAGUUAUGGUGUCAUAGCUAGUCUUGCUGGAGUCCCUGUCUGCACUUUACACAUAAUUCUACAUUGUCUUUAAGCAUCACAUGAUCAGAAACUUAAUAUCUUUCUCUUUCUCUCUCUACCUUCUCUGUGGAGCUAUACACCCCACUCCUGAGCUCCCAGUGUUUGCCAGUUUCCAGUGCGACCGCUGCCCUACCCCUGGUCGGAGUCUCGCCACUUGAUGGUGCCCACUGAUGCUGUGGAUGGAUAUGUGUGGCCCAGGAGACAGCCAUGGACAGAGCCACUUGGGGACUUUCACACCAUCACAGAUAUGCCAUUUCAUCUAUCAGCCCGUGACAGCAAAGAACUUUGAAUAAUGACCUUAGAAACUACAAUGACCUAAUAGUUCCUCAUGGGUCAUUGAUUGCUGUUGUAGAAAGGACAUUAAUCAGCUACAGUUACAUUAUUUUCUGUUUAGUGUCACCCAGAUGAGGAUGGGUUCCCUUCUGAGCCUGGUUCCUCUCAAGGUUUCUUCCUUCCAUCCCAGGGAGUUUUUCCUUGCCACCAUUGCCACAGGCUUGCUCAUUAGGGAUAAAAUAGGAUAAAAUAGUCUAAUUAUAGAAUUUAAUAAUUUAUUCUUAU